AUGGCCGGCUCCACCACAGAUUAUUCAGAAAUUCAACGAGAUGAGAUUGAAGCCUUGCGCUCAAUUUAUCCAAAUGAUUUUGUCGAAGGUGAGACUAAAGUGGGAGCGUGGAAAAAAUAUUCGGAUCCAUCGUUUCGAAUAUCCUUGAGACCCAGUCUUAAUGAUCGUGAGAAUUUUGCCAUUACUCUUAUUGUGUCAUUGCCAUCUACGUAUCCUAAAACGCUCCCAAGACUAAGCUUAAAAUAUGAAGACAAUGUCAAUCAGCCAACUAGAAAUGCUGCCGAGAAGGUCUUGAAAGAUAUACCAAAGACUCUAGUAGGCUCGGAAAUGAUGUAUGACAUUACGACGGGGUUGCAAGAUAUAUUAGAUAAAUGUGCGCAGGUUGAUACUGCGCAAAUACCCACACUAGACGAGGAGAGAAACGCGAAACAAGAAAAUGCAAAGAUACGCCACGCAGAAUUAGAAGCCGAAAGACAGUCGAAAGCUUUGGAGGUAGCUAAUAAGGAAGCUGUAGAUCAAGAGAGCCAGCUACUACAUGAACUUGCGCAGCAACGGAAGGCCAAAGAAGAGCGACGGACUACCAGUCAUCGAGAUGUCUCAAAGGCUCUAAUUGAGCUAGACGAUGUCAUAGAUGGUCUAGCUUUCGAGAGACCGUCCGCCAAAGUGAUAGAUCCAUCCGGUAAGACUUUGACCCUGACUGCGAUCUUUCAAAAGACGCAAUAUCGACACCGUUUUACAAAUCGGCUAUUUCUAGUCAGGCCAAAUCAAGCUCUCGAAAGCCCAGCUAGCGACCCAUUUCUGUGUCUGAAAGAAUGCAAAUGCGCCGGAAAUGAUCCCUCCUUCAAACGAAUGCUCCAAGAAUUGGAGCUUCGACUUGAGGCUCAAAUGCACCGUACAUCGCAUCCUAAUGUAGUCACCACCUUGAAUUUUCGCAUACAACGCAUUGAAAAUGAGAACUCGAAUCAAUGGCUGAUCAGUAUCCUGACGGAAUUCACGUCGAGGGGAUCGUUGUACGAUUUGCUUGACGUCGUAGAAGGUUUAGACCCGAAGAAAACCAAAGCCUGGUCGAUCCAGCUGCUAGAAGGACUCCAUCAUUUUCAUCAACAGGGUUCCGCGCAUGGAGCCGCGCACACCUCCAAUAUCCUUUUGUGGAAAAGUGAGGCGCUGACAACAGUGGUCAAGUGGUCGGAUGGUACUUACGCUCGCAGCUUGCGUCGACUAGCUAGUCACCCGCAGCUUGAUAUUCCCACAAGUUGGAGAGCGCCUGAAGAUCUAGCCUCUGGAUCUGACCAUGAGGUAGCAGGAAGCACAGACGUGUGGUAUUUCGGUCUAUGUCUCAUGCAAAUGGCGUUUGGUUCGGACGUUCUCCGACAAUACGAGACCCCAACAGUCGCUUUGAACGACUUGGAAUUAACGCAGAGCCUGAAGUCUGUCCUACAAGGAAUAUUCCAUCCAACCAUCAAGAAAAGACCGUCCUGUUGGGACCUACUACAUUUUGAGUUCUUCCGGAACGACGACCCGUUUCUAGUUGAGGAAGCGAGCACAUACCUAGUGACGAGACCUCGAACACGACGCGAGUCAGAACCUCCAGCCGAAGCAUCUGAAUAUGCCCGGAAAUUUGUUGAAGAAGGGCGCCUAGGCCGUGGGGGGUUUGGUGAAGUCUUUCGCGCGAGGAAUAGGAUCGACGGCCAGCUAUACGCUGUCAAGAAAAUCAAAGCGAAAUCUCGCGCAGCGCUCGAUCCUGUUAUAAGCGAGACAACAGUGCUGUCUCGUUUGAAUAAUCCUCAUGUUGUCCGCUACUUUUCGUCCUGGAUCGAAGAAGACGCGCUUAUUAAGGCCCUGAAUUCUUCCGAUAUCAACACUUCUCGUGAGACAGAUACAGGAUCACUCAGUAGCUUUGACUUCAGGUCCAUCCUUCCGCCCAGUUCCCGUGGCCUUGAUUUUAUCAGUUCCAACCAAGUCCGUUUUGGUAAUGCAGAAGAGUCUGAUGGAGACUAUGAGAGCGACGAAAGCGGCACUGAGUCCAGCGAUAACCCUUCUGAUCCAGCGCCCCGUGAUGAACAGCAUGCUGAUCAGCUGUCAAACUUGAGCUCGACAGGGGACAGCAAUCAUGAGGUCGGAAGCAACAAAGAACAAGCGCAUAGCGCCUGGACAAUCUUGUACAUUCAAAUGGAGUACUGUAAUCAAGAGACGCUGCGAAAUCUCAUCAACUCUGGCAUUCAAACAGAUAAUGAUGAGAGCUGGAGGCUGUUCCGGCAAAUUGUGCAAGGACUAGCUCAUAUACAUGCAGCAUCCAUUGUCCACCGUGAUCUAAAGCCCGAAAACAUUUUCGUUGAUAGCCACGGAGAUUUGCGUAUCGGCGACUUUGGUUUGGCUCGUCCAGGUGAGCAGUACACUGCCGGAUUGGCGAGGACUUCCAAAGCAAUCACAAAUUUCACCAAAGACAUCGGAACAGCCUGGUACGUCGCCCCAGAAGUACGAUCAAGCAGCGCCAGCAAGUACGAUGAAAAGGCAGAUUUGUACUCGUUGGGCAUCAUAUUGCUCGAAAUAAAUGUAGCCUUUAACACUGGUAUGGAGCGCGCUGAAUCCCUGGAACCACUCGCGAAAGAAGAUCAUAAACUUCCACAGGCUCUUGCAGGGCCAGAGAAAAUAACUCAAGCUCGUUUGCUGAUGCGCCUCAUUGCAUUUGCGCCAUCACAAAGGCCAAGUUGCGUGGAGUUGCUUAGUGAAAUCCCUGUGCAAGGGGAAGAUCAAACAAGUCAAUUGCUUCGCCGUGAAGUCCGUGAUCCCAACUCGAAAUUGCGAACUGAAUUGGUUGCCGGAUUGUUUGCCGGAAUUCCAAAAGCUGAAGUUCAAGUGCGAGAAACCCAGCUGGCAUUAGAUAUGGGCCAUAGAGUGAAAUUGCUAGAUGGGACAUCUGCGAUGUCGCAAAGCUUACCGGAUCUAGAGCUCCAGAUGAAAGUGAAAGAUCGCUUAAUGGCCAUAUUUCGUUGUCAUGGUGCAGUCGAACGAACAGACAGUCCAGCGAUGUUCCCCCAACACCCAUACUAUACGGCAUCGGAUGUUGUGCGCAUUCUCGAUCCUGCAGGGAAAAUGCUACAACUGCCAUAUGAUCUAGUCCUACCAAAUACCAUUCUGAUUGCACGUUCUCCAAGGAAAGACUCAAAGACCUUUGCUUUUGGAGAUGUGUACCGGCCAGACUUAAGGAAAGUCGAUCCCAACAUAUAUUCAGAAGCAGACUUCGACGUCAUUGGAUCAGAUGCAACAAACUUGAUUAUGGACGAGGCGGAAACGAUCAAAGUCGUUGAUGAGAUCGUCGACGAGUUUCCCAAUCUGUCAAACAGUAUCAUGUGCUACCACAUCAAUCACUCAAGAAUAUUAGAGGAGAUCCUCUCUUUUUGCGAUAUCCACUGUUCGAAAUGGUUUCAAGUAAAGGAGACCUUAAGUAAAUUGAACGUAGGCGACUGGACAUGGCAGCGCAUCAAAUACGAAUUGCGGACACCUCCUCUAUCCAUCGCCGCUACAAGCCUUGACGAGCUUGAAAGGUUCGACUUUCGCGACUCUGUUGAAAAAGCAAUAUCAAGCUUGCGUUCAAUGCUCCCGAAGACCGCAGACCUUGAGGCCUCCCUCGUGCACAUGCAAACACUUGUAUCAUAUCUCUCUCGCAUGAAAGUAAGGCGAAAGGUCUACCUUAGUCCUUUGAGCAGCUACAAUGAGAAGUUUUAUCGCAGCAACCUCCUGUUCCAAUGCCUGUUCGAUCGCAAACGAAGAGCUGUAUUUGCGGCAGGCGGUCGCUACGAUAGGCUCAUUCGCGAUCACCAAACACUAUCCUCACGCGAAUCAUACGUGCACGGUGUCGGCUUCCAAAUGACUUGGUCAGGCUUGUGCGCCGGCAUGGCUUCCUAUCUCAAUACCCAGCAGAAGUCCAAAGCAAAGAGAAAGCCGCCAAUUGACAUUGCAUCAUGGAUUACGCGACGGUGUGAUGUCUUGAUUGAUUGUUAUGAUCCAGAUCUUCUCGAAAAUGUGGGCGUCCGGAUCCUAAGCGAGCUCUGGGGCCAUCAAAUUAAGGCGGAGCUGGCGAGCGUGCAGGAUGCUACUAUCACUAACGCUGCAUUCACGAAGGCGUCACCUCUGAAGGAAGAUCCCAAUUGGAUUGUGCUCAUCAAGUUCCCAGAUGUUGUGAAGGUCAGGAACUCGUUUCGUCAGGAAGACACAGAAGUAAGAACAGUGGAUUUGAUCAAUUAUCUUCGAAGCGAGAUUCGGGAGCGUGAUCGUAAUGAGUCACGGCAUCCACCCAAUUUGUAUAGGAAUGUCAGCCAGCAGGAAAGGCCCGCAAACGAUCAAGAGCCCAACGUCAAGGUGCUCCUGUCACAAGCAAAGGGGAAGAAGACCAAUAGAAAGAUCAUCGUGGAGGAAGCUCUAGCACAAGCACAAGAAUGGCGCAAAUCCCUGGUGGAGCAUCCUAUCAUAGCCGUUGAGAUUAAGGAGGAGAUAUUUCAAGGCAUUCAGCAGGCCCGUCUCGAUGACCCUGAUGCGUGGAAAAAAUUGAUCCAGACCGCCCCUGCUGGUGACCGCCAAUAUCUGGGGCAAGUACAGACAAUGCUCAGAGAACAGCAGAGUACGACUGCUGCUUUUUUGUACAAUUUUCGAACGAAGGCGAUCUUGUACUAUCCAAUAAGGAAGGAUUAA